AUGGAUCGACAUGUGGCUGAAGUUGCUAUUGAGUCACUUAAGGAGAAACGCAUCCGGUUAGCUCAUCAACUUGAGGUGUUAAUGGGAAUUGAAUUAGAUGAAAAACAAUUGAAGGAGGAUUUUUAUGCGGCAUUCAUUAAACAUCACAGAAAGCAAUAUCCUCAAAUUACAAUUGGCCGAAUACACGAAUACUUUUUGAAGCAACGAAAUGCUUUGGGAAGACAAGCUAUUGUCGAUGUAGUAAAGGAUGAGUUGUACACUGCACUUGGCAACCCAAAUAGCCAAUUUUGGGAGCAAAUAGAUUUGGAAACGGCCAUUGAUAUUUGUUGUUAUUCGCGAUACAUAGAUCCAAAGAAACGCAGAGAAAAUUCCCCCAUUAUUAUUAUGAAUGAUAUAACCAAACGUGUUGAGUCUCAGCUUAACAUCAAUGAAGAAGGUGAAGGCACAUCUGGGACUAUUACUAUGGAGCAUGCAGAGGUGGCUAAUAUUUUUGCAAACAACGAGGAUAUGCAGACAGAAGAUUGGUGA